UUCUGUCAUUCUUAACCUAGAGUUGCUGCAUUCCAACCGUAGCAUAGUCCAUGUCAUUGCUGCAGAACUACGUGCUGCUAACUUGAAGGAAGAGGGCAAUGAUAUACCCAUUCUCCCCAAAAGUGAUGUUAAGACCAGACUCAAAAGCACCUCAGAUACUUCAGAACCUACUAUUUUCUGUGGGCGGCAUGUCGAGAAAGCCAAAAUUAUGGACAUCAUCACCGGAGACUGGUCCUCUCACUAUGACCUUACUGUUCUCCCAAUUGUUGGUCUAGGGGGUAUGGGGAAAACAACCCUUGCACAACAUAUUUAUAAUAAAGAAGCUGAAACAUACUUUGACGUGAGGAUAUGGGCAUGUGUAUCAACUGAUUUUAGUGUGCCCAGAUUGUUGAAGGAUAUUUUGGAAUCUAAGUCUUUACAUGAACUCAGUAAGGGGUUAACGGGAACACCAGAGAAACAGAUUGAACAAAUAUUGACAUCUAAAAGAUUUUUGCUUGUCCUUGAUGAUAUGUGGGAUACUGUUAAUAAUGAUGGAUGGGACAGGCUGCUGGCACCAUUUAGAAAAGGGCAAACGAAGGGUAACAUGAUACUGGUCACAACUCGGUCUCCAUCAGUAGCGCAAAUUGUUAAAGUAAAAACAACUGAUAGCACAAUAGAGUUGGAAGGUUUGGAUCAAGUGGCAUUUCGUGAGUUUUUCCAGUCAUGUGUAUUCGGUGAUGAUAAUAAGUCAAAAGAUGAUCACAAAGAAUUAGACGACAUUGGAGAAGAGAUAAUGAAAAAACUUAAAGGCUCCCCUCUAGCAGCAAAAACUGUAGGUAGACUACUGAGGAAUAACCUGGAUCAAAAUCACUGGAAAAGAGUCCUAGAUAGUAAAGAAUGGGAACUACAAACUGGUGAUACUGACAUUAUGCCUGCAUUGAAGCUCAGCUAUGAUUUUCUUCCUUUUCACCUGCAGCAUUGUUUUUCCUACUGUGCCUUGUUUCCGGAAGACUACAGGUUUACUAGCCAACAGCUCAUUCACUGGUGGACAGGUCUAGGUAUUCUACAGCCUGGUCCUCAAAAUAGAAGCCUCGAAGAAAUCGGGCAGACCUAUUUGGAUGAUUUGAUUAACCAUGGAUUUAUCAAAAAAGAUACUAUAAGCAGUACAGAUACUGAGUAUAGUAUCCAUGACCUCCUACAUGAUUUAGGACUCAAGGUUGCAUCACGUGAAUGUCUUAGCUUAAAUUCCUCUAAUGUGGUCCCACCAGCAGAAAUUUGGCCAUCUGUACGUCACUUAUCUAUCAUCUUAGAUUCUGUAGAUGAUGGAAAAAUUGCCGAUUUUAUAAGUGGGCUAAGAGAACUAGUAUUUGGGAGAAGAUUGAAGAUUGAUAACUUACAAACUUUGAUGGUGUUUGGGAAAUUGGAUGAAAACUUCACUGAUUUUUUGGGAUAUUUGAUUAAAAAAGCAAGCAGUCUUCGUGUUGUGAACUUGGAAAAUAUGCAGUCUCGCAUGGAGUUUCCAACACUAUGCCAUCUACGUUACUUAAGGCUUGGGUGUAAACGUGACCUAUGGCUUGGGUUGGAACCUCAACUUGAGAUUCAUCUACCAAGCAUGCUUUCUAGGUUUUAUCAUUUGAGGAUUCUUGAUCUGCAAGAAUGGAAUGGGUUUAAAUCUCAUUUACCCAGAGACGUGAGCAACCUCACAAAACUAAGCCAUUUUGAUGUCUGGCACCAUGAUUUUCACCCUGACAUUUGUAAUGUGGGAAAGCUACACUUAUUGCAAGAAUUAAACAAAUUUGAAGUCAGAAAUGAAAGCACUGGGUUUGAACUAAAGGAACUAGGAAAAUUAAAUAAGCUAAGAGAGCUUGGAAUUUAUGCCCUUGAGAGAAUAAACACAAAAGAAGAAGCAGCUGAAGCAAAACUGAUAGAAAAACAAUGGUUGCAAAAGUUAGAACUGGUCUGGAGUAGGAGCGUGCCAGGAUUCCUGUGCGAUGGAGAAGGACUAGUUCUUGAAGGGCUUCGAACUCCAAGAAAUCUUCAAAGCUUGCGCAUUGUUGGCCAUGGAAGUCACUCUGGUCCAACAUGGUUGGGUAGUAAGCAGCACUCUCCCAAAGCUCUACAGCUUCUUUAUCUAAAAGGCGUCAAUUGGGAACUGUUUCCAUCAUUGGUGCACUUGGAGAGGCUUCGUGACAUCGAACUGUGUUAUAUGCGCAGCUUAAAGGAACUUGGUCCAGGAUAUUUUGCCAAGACACUAAAAAGCCUAACACUAAUUGGCUUGACAGGACUGGAGAGCUGGGUUCCAGGGGACCAUGGUCAUUUGUUGUCUUCACUGGAAAAGUUGCAAAUUACCGAAUGCUCUCCUCUCGUGUCAGGAUACCCUCUUGUGAGCCUCUUCAUUCAACAUUCCCCAAUCCUGAGUCACUUAGUGACAGAUGACUUAACUGGAGCCCUUGCUGUGCCCACCUGCAGCAUCCUCUCAUCCUCCCUCAGCAGGCUAAUCCUUUCUGGAAGCGAAGGGGUCAAGAGCUUCACCGAGCAGCAAGAGGAUGUCCUUGUGCUCCUCACCUCUCUCCAGUACCUCAAAUUGGAUUAUUUUCCCAGUCUGCUGUGCCUCCCUGCUGGUCUGCAUAAACUCGGCAACCUCAAGACUUUGGAAAUCUCUUGUUGUAGUUCUCUCAGGUCGCUGCCUGAGAAUGGUCUGCCUAGUUCACUCCAGGAGUUCAUUUCCAGAGAGGACUGUUUCCAUAAAAGAUGUAUUGAGGAGCUAAACACGGCGUGCAAAAAUUACACCCGUGAUCAUCCUGGGAUCAAGCUACAAUUCUUAGAAGAUAAUACGUUAUACAAAAUACGGGAAUGGCACAAGAUAAGGAAUUUAUGGUAA